CAAACCUAUUUAUAUUCCCCUCUUUAUUCCCUUUUCUGUUCCGCACCCCCAAUCUCUCCCAUCGUUUCACCGCCGUUCUCCUCCACCGUUUCCAAGCCCUAAACCUUCCCCAAUCUCCAAUUCAUCAUCUCCAAAUCCAAUUUUCACUACCUAGGGUUUUUCUGUCAGCCAGGGGUUUCAAGGAUCCGGGAAAUGGCAAGCUCGACGACCAGCACUGUCUAUAUCCAAGUCAUCGAGGACGUCAUCAACAAAGUCCGAGAAGAAUUCAUCAACAAUGGUGGUCCUGGCGAAGGCGUCCUCAGCGAACUUCAAGGAUUAUGGGAGUUGAAGAUGAUGCAAGCUGGGGCUAUAGUGGGUCCGAUUGACAGAUCUGCUGUCGCCAAGUCGAUGGCCCCUGGGGCUACAUCGAACACUGUUCAUGAUCUUAAUGUUCCAUAUGAAGGGCCGGAAGAGUAUGAAACUCCCACCGCUGAUUUACUUUUCCCUCCGACACCAUUGCAGACUCCAAUGCAAACACCUUUGCCUGUUCAAACACCCUUACCAGGAACAGCUCCAACACCUUUACCAGGGACCAUGGACAAUUACAAUAUACCUACUGGUGGUACCCCCAUUACCCCAAGUGAUUAUCCUUCCAUAAACGAGAAUGGAGUUUCAGAUGGCAAAUCUGGGAGGCCUAACACAUACAUGCAACCACCAUCUCCUUGGCUGAACCAAAGGCCCCCUCUUGAUGUGAAUGUUGCUUAUGUGGAAGGACGUGAAGAUGCUGACAGAGGAGGAGCAGCCAAUCAACCAACAACUCAGGAUUUCUUUCUUUUAUCUGGAAAGCGUAAGAGGGAUGAGUUUCCUUCACAAUAUCGCCCCUCGGGCGGAUAUAUUCCUCAGCAAGAUGGCGCAGCUGAUAAACUUGAGAUUGGCGAAGGGAGCAAUAGUAUUGUUGUUGGUGGUAAUAAUAGGAUUCCUCAACUGGAUGGACCUAUUCCUGAUCCCUAUGAUGAUGCACUCUCUACACCAAAUAUCUACAACUAUCAAGGAGUUGUGAGUGAAGACUAUAAUGUAGCCAACACACCUGCCCCACAAGAGCUGCAAGCAGCGACUCCUGCGAUGGUGAAUCAGAAUGAUAUUUUAGAUGACGAUGAAGAUGAGCCUCUGAACGAGAAUGACGAUGAUGAUGAUCUUGAUGACGUGGACCAAGGCGAGGAACUAAACACACAGCAUUUGGUCCUGGCCCAGUUCGACAAGGUGACUCGAGCCAAGAGCAGGUGGAGGUGCACUCUCAAGGAUGGCAUUAUGCACAUAAACAACAAAGAUGUUUUGUUCAAUAAGGCGACUGGAGAGUUUGACUUCUGAUUAUGCCUGUUGCUGAGUCAUGAGAAAAGUAUGUAGAGAAAUGACUUUGUCGUCUCUUUUAAGAAUCCAAAAAAAAAAAAAAAAAAAAAAAUGGAGGUGAUUGAAGGGUUUUCUGAGUCAAACAGAUUUGUAUAUAAAGUCGGAGAGCUUUUUGUUUGCUUUGGCCCUAGUAUUUAUGGGCUAUCUUUUAGUUCCAUGAAAAAACCAAACAAACUACAUGCCUUUCAUUCAUGGAACUAACUAGUAGUAAUUCCCGUUGAUGAUUGUACCUUUUGGAUUUUGGUCAACUUUUAUAUCCAACUCAACUACAUUAUUUAACUCAACUUUAUUUAUUUA